AUGCUAAACAUGUCAUCUUCUUUAGAACAACUCAAGAAUACCGGAACCGUUGUCGUUUCUGACACUGGUGACUUUGAGUCCAUCGCCAAAUACAAGCCUGAAGAUGCUACUACCAACCCCUCUUUGAUUUUGGCCGCCUCCAAGAAACCCCAAUAUGCUGCUCUUGUCGACGCCGCCGUCGAAUAUUCGAAGAAGAAGGGUGGUUCUCUCGAGGAAAGAAUUGAAAACGCUUUUGACCGUCUUCUCAUUGAGUUCGGUACCAAGAUUCUUGCCAUCGUCCCCGGCCGUGUUUCCACUGAAGUUGAUGCUCGCUUUUCUUUCGAUACCAAGACUACCAUCGAAAAGGCCCAUCAAUUGAUUAAGCUUUACGAAGAAGAAGGUAUCAAGCGUGAACGUGUUUUGAUCAAGAUUGCUUCCACCUAUGAGGGUAUCCAAGCCGCUAAGCAGUUGGAACAAGAAGGUAUCCACUGCAACUUGACCCUCCUUUUCUCCUUCGUCCAAGCUGUCGCUUGUGCUGAAGCCAACGUUACCCUCAUUUCUCCUUUCGUUGGCCGUAUCCUUGAUUUCUUCAAGGCCAAGAACAACCGUGAUUACGCUCCUCACGAAGAUCCUGGUGUCCUUAGUGUCAGCCAAAUCUACAACUACUACAAGAAAUACAACUACAAGACCAUUGUCAUGGGUGCUUCCUUCCGUAACAUCGGUGAGAUCCAGGAGCUUGCUGGUGUCGAUUUCUUGACUAUCUCUCCCGCUCUUCUUGAACAACUGAAUAACAGCCAAGAGCCUGUUCCCAAGAAGCUUGAUGCCUCUCAAGCUCAUGGUCUUGACAUUGAAAAGGUCUCUUUCCUUAACGACGAGUCCAAGUUCCGUUUCAACUUUAACAACGAUGAAAUGGCCGUCAGCAAGUUAGCUACCGGUAUCAGUGCCUUCGCCAAGGAUGCCGAUACUCUUCGUGGUCUUUUGAAGGAAAAGCUCCAAGCUUAA